AUGAGCAUCAGAAUUCCGAAUCACGAACAUGGGCCUAGAACUCGAAAGGGCAACACAGCUGUCAACAUGCGCGUGCAUGAGCCUAUUGAACCGCGGGUGGGCGGGCCCCUCCUGCGUCUCCUUAAGACCAAUCCCACGGAUGCGGAAGCCGCAGAGGGCACGCCUGCUCGAAUAAUCACGGGAUCAGAACAACCCGGCGUACUGGAGCGGAUUGUUUCCCAUGAUUUCGGCGAGAUCCUUGUUUCUGAAAGUAUAAUUGCCACUGUCAAGGAUGGAACGAGACGUGCCCGACGUAAGACAACUUGGGACGAGGACGAGGCUGUGGCGAAAGCAGAAUGUAUUGGCUCGUGA